AUGAGCUAUGGCUUGUCAGGUGUGCGGAAUGGCUCGCCGCAGCGCGGCAAGGUGUCUUUACCCACAUCCCCGAAUUGCACCAACAAAGGCUACGGAGGAGCGAACCAUGAAGGGGCAAGGAGAGAGCGGAGCAGUUCUUGCAGCUCGGAGCUUGAGCACAGCAACCUCUUUGUGGGCAAUCUUUCGGAGGAUCUGACGGCAGAGCACUUGCAGGAGGCCUUCGCAGCCAACGGGAAGGUGGUCUCCUGCCGAUUCUUCCAUGGUAGCCUUCGAACGUGUGCCCUGGUGAAGAUGGAGACAAUCCAGCAGGCGGCUGCUGUGGUGGAGGCCUGGCGGAACCAGGAGUGGGCCGUGAAGUUUGCCGAGGAAGACUUGAAGACAGGCCGAAAGGGCAAAGGCCAUGAUGGGAAGGAGACGCCUUGCAACAACCUCUACGUGAAGGCCCUACCGGCCUUUAUCAAUGAAGCUCAUCUACAAGCAGCCUUCUCAAAGGCUGGCAAGGUGUUGGAGAUGAAGAUUUUGCGGCAUGGCAAGAAGGAGUGCGCCGCGCUGAUCCGAAUGGGCUCAGUGGAGGAUGCAAAGAAGGCCGUCCGCAUGCUGCGGGGAACCACUCCUGCAUGGGCCACUCCCCUUGCGCUGACGUACAAGGAUCGCAGCAAGGAUAACCUUUACGUCAAGGGUCUUCCCCUGGACUUCACGCAGGAGCGUUUGGAGCACCUGUUCGGUGGCUUCGGCACGGUGCGGCGCUGUCGGAUGCUUCCGCCGCCAGCAACCGCGGAGCACUGCGCUGCGCUGGUGCAGAUGGCCAGCAGCAGGGAGGCGGCGUCCGCCCUGGAGGCUUUAGAUGGCACGGUGCACGGCUAUGAGAUGCAGAUCCGUUUUGCAGAGAAGGAGACGCAAAGGCCGGAGCAUCUCAGCGACAACAUCUAUGUCAAAGGACUUCCCUUGGGCACGCCGGAGUUUGUCCUCCGCUCGGUCUUCCAGAAGUUUGGCACGGUCAUGCGAUUGAAGGUGAUGGAGCCACGGAUGGGGGAGAACUUGGACUGCUCCGCUCUGGUGCAGAUGUCAAGAGUCGAGGAGGCGCAAGCGGCCGUUCAGUCCCUCAAUGGCGAGAGCUUGUCGGUGUCGCUCCCAAUCAAGCUGCGCUAUGCCGGCAAGGACCAAGUGCCAGGAUGCAACCUCUACGUGACAGGAUUACCCGUCGCUAUCAAAGAGGCGGCACUCAGAGCAACCUUCGCCUCCUGCGGGGAGGUGGCACGCCUCAGACUGCUGUCGCAGUCGGGGAGGUCUGAGACCCAUGCGUUGGUGGAGAUGAUGACAUCGGAUCAGGCGGCCCAGGCCAUCAGAGAGCUGAAUGGCAUUCUGCCGGAAGGUCACUACUGUCCGCGGCUUGUGGUGAGGCGGAGCAUGGCGCAGGCCAAGGUUCUGCCCAAGAAGGUGCGGGAACAGCUGGCAGCUCACGAGAACAAGCUUACGAAGGAAGGUGAAGGGUCAACUGCCAAGCUCUACUGCAUCCCUCGAAACGCCGAGCGUUGCAUGGAGCUGAAGGUCCAUGAAGCCGGCAAGACUGUGUCCUACGAUUCCGUGGGUCCUUUCUUUGGCAAGGACGGCUGCAAGUACAUCAGUGUUUGCCCGUCUCUGGUGACUCCGGGGGAGUUCUACUGCGUGCCCUAUGACUGCGACAAAGUCAUGCUGAUCGACAUCGAGAAGGACACAAUCAAGCAGGUCGGCGACAUACUGGCGGAAGACAAGGUCACCAAGUACGCCACUGCAGCCGCCAGCCAAAACUGGCAGGGCCGCAUCUACGCGCCGCCCUUCGGGGCUGAUCGUGUCAUGGAGAUCGAUCCGCGCAUAGGACUUGUCCGAGAGAUCGGGAACCGCAUCGGACGGCCAGACAAGGCAGAGUGGUGGGCUACAGUCUCUUCCCCAACCACGCUCAAGAUCUACGCCCUUCCGUGGGAGGCGCGACACGUGCUUGAAAUCGAUCCAGUCCACGGCGGUCAAGCACGCAAGGUGGGGCCUGAUCUUGGCCCGGCAUCAGGCAAGUACAGCUGCGCUGCGGUGGCUGCAGAUGGCUGCAUUUAUGCGCCGCCGUACAACGCCAGCAAGAUCCUGAAAAUCUCGGAGAAAGGCGAAGUCAGCCUCAUAGGCCCUGACUUGGGAAAUGAGAAUGAAGCGCCGAGAAAGUACAGCUGUGUUUGUCAAGGUGUCAAUCGCUUGCUCUACGCUGCGCCACUCUAUGCAGACCGGGUCUUGGAGAUCAACACAGCAGGGGGCAUGAGCGGCUUGAUUGGUCCCAACAUCGGCACGGGAGAGGCCCUUUACGCCUGCGCAGCAGAGGGUGCGGACGGACGGAUCUAUUGCGCACCCUUGCAGGCUCAUCGGGUCCUCAUGAUCAAUCCUGUGGACCACGAGGUGGAAGAGAUUGGAGUCGACUUGGGCAAGGAGGAUGAGAAGUACUCCUGCAUUGCCCGGGCGCCCAUCGGCCACAUGAUGUAUGCAGCACCACGCAACGCCCGCUUCUUUUUAGAGGUUGAUACCAAGCGAAGCUUCGUGCGGGAGGUGGGCAAGGACUUGGGGGCUGGCAAGAGGAAGUUCACCGCAAUCCUGCCAGGGAAGCCGCCAGUCGUGCAGCGCUUGGAGUCGGAGUAUGUUGGGAGGGCGGGGACGGAACCACUCGAGCAUUGA